GCCACACGCCACUAUCCUUCUCAUCUAAAGUGUGUUACAUAAAAUACAAGGAGCCAAGUAGUGUUGGCGUGGCCCAGCAUUUAACCAACACUGUGUUUAUUGACAGAGCUCUUAUUGUCGUGCCAUGUGCAGAAGAUGACUAGAGUGGCCCAGGCGUUACAGUACUACCCUAGCCUGACUCAAGGCUUUGUUUUCCAAGCCACUAAACCCGCUGGGGCCAACGCUGCCUUCAAGGGGGGAUUGUGACCAGGAGCAUAGCUGCUGAACCUUCCAAGAUGGACACCUUGUCUCUUUUUUUUUUUUUUUUUUUUCUGUUUCUUUUUCUUUUGUCUCUUUUUUGGUUUUGUUUGUUUUUUCUCUGACAUUAUGUCUUGUUUGCCUCUUAGAAGAGGCUGUUGCAUAUUUCAUUGUGUUGUUUCUUUUUGUUUUGUUUUGUUUUUUUUUUUGUUUAUUUCUUCUGUCCCCAAGUCCCCACAUACCCCCUCCUCUUCCCUAUGCAGUUGUCCACUUUUGCGUGUCUCAAAGCUGUCCAGGUUGGCAUCCAGUAAUGGAGGGGAAAUUGAACGGUACACAGGCAGCUGUGGCUGGCGAUUCAUUCUGAUCUCUGUGUCUAAUCUCUCUCUCUUUCUCUUUUUCUCUCUCUCUCUCUCUCUCUUACUCUCACUCUCACUCUCACUCUCUCUCUCUCUCUCUCUCUCUCUCUCUCUCUCUCUCUCUCUCUCUCUCUCUCUCUCUCUCUGUCAGUAUUGCCAUGUUUUCACUUUGACUUAAGGAUCCUGUACGAUAACCCUAAAUACUCUUUCAGCGUACCGUUAUCGAGCACUAUAUUAACUUGUAUUAACCUUUUACUUAAGGACUAAGGAAUUUACAGAUUCACACAAUCACAAUGUCUCUUUAAAAUUUUAUAAUUGAAUCGAUUUAAUUUCUAAUCUAUCCAUGCGCAUUUCCUACCCAGUAUUAUCAAUUCUUAGACACUCUUUUAUUCAACGCAUGCAAGAAUGAAUUUUUACCAAGACUAGAUAAAAAUAAAUAAAUAAAAAUCCGGAAGCUGCUUAUAUUUUUAUUCCCGAGUUACAUUUAUUGUUCAGGAGGUAAUUGAUUUCCUUUUUUUUUUUUUCCCCCUUUUUAAAAGAAACUGAAAAUGUUCUUCUCUUCUGUAUCUGAUGUUCUGUGUGCUAUUAGUGAUGCAGCCAACAUGAACGGUUGUCUUGUGUUGCACACCCUUUCCAACACUGCGACACGAUUGCCCCAAGGAGAAAAGCGCCCAUGCUUGAUAUCGUACGGUUCAUGCCCAUUAUGUUUCCAGUCCAGAAGGGAGAAAGUGCUGUGGCUCUUUAUUGCUCACUCUCACACCAGGUCACUUGCCUCAUAGGAAAGAUCCCAGAGGAAACCAAGGCUCUGUCCCUCCUGGCACCUGCAGCCCCAGUGCCCAGUUUGAUGCCCGGCGGAGGACUGCUGCCCAUCCCAAGCCCUGCUCCGCUGCCGAAUCAGUUGAGUGUGCCACUGGCAGCCCGGGGACCGCUGCACCUUGGGCUCGACUCACCACUGAGCACCAUCCCUUCUCAACCCCCUAUCAUGGGCAACGUGGACCCGUCCAAAAUCAACGAGAUCCGCAGAACGGUGUAUGUCGGCAAUCUCAAUUCUCAGACCACGACAGCAGAGCAGCUGCUGGAGUUCUUCAAACAGGUCGGCGAGGUGAAGUUUGUGCGCAUGGCGGGAGACGAGACUCAGCCAACACGUUUUGCCUUUGUGGAGUUCGCCGGUCAGGAGUAUGUGUCACGAGCGCUCGCCUUGAACGGAGUCAUGUUCGGAGACAGACCUUUAAAGAUCAACCAUUCCAACAAUGCCAUUGUCAAGCCGCCAGAGAUGACUCCUCAGGCUGCUGCUAAAGAACUGGAGGACGUAAUGAAGCGUGUUAGAGAGGCUCAGUCCAGCAUAGCAGCAGCCAUUGAUCCAGCCGACACCAAAAAGCGCUCAUCCAGCACAUCCAGGAGAUCGAGAAGGUCCCAUUCCAGAUCUCGCUCUCGUUCACGUUCUCGCUCGCAACGGAAACGCUCCCGAUCCAGACACAGGGGCCGGACAUCACAGAAGUCAUGGAAGAAGACGAGCGACUCGCACAAGAGACGCUCUAGAGACAGGAGAUACAGCCGCUCACACUCCAGAGAAAGACGGAAAGACAGAGACGGGAAGAUGAGGAGGGGGGACGAUGUUGAUGAUAGGAGAAGGGACAAAAAGGGAAGAAUGCCUGUUAAAGCUUACAGACCAUCCUCAAGAUCCCCAAGCAACAGCAGGGGACACAGAAAGGGCAGCAAAUCACGCUCCACGUGUGUAAGAAAGAAAGCAAGGUCUCCAUCACCAAAGAGGGGAAAGAAAGACAGGAGGAGAGAACAUGGGCAGGGCAGCCACAGAAAAUGGGGAGACAGAUCAACAUCCAGGAGGAGGAGCAGAGACUCAGACAGAAAGGAAAGCAAAGCUAAAGCCAAACAGACGGAAAGCGGGUACAAGCAGAAGGAACAGGACUACGAGAGCGACGGUGAAGACAUGGGCUCAGGUGCCAGUGAAGACUUUUCUCCUCACGCCCAUCACAACGGCGAGUACAGCAGCAUGCACGCAGACGAGGGCGAAGAGUUCUCCACAACGGAGUGAAGCAGGACCACAGAGAUCGGACACUUCACCGGGGUUCACAUACUUGAAAUGUUCAUGUUCCUCUCUGUACAGUGUUUUCUCUCCUUUCACUCCAUCAUGUUGUUAGAUUCUUAGAACUGUGAGAAUUAUAUAAGAGCUAUAUUGAAAUAUACUGGAUGCUUUGUGUACGUAUAACGAUUAGCCGUUACAUUAAAACCACCCGCCUAAAUACAUCUAAGCACGGACUCCAUAACACCUGAAGGCGAUGCUGUGGUAUCUAGCACUGCGUACUAGCAGCACCCUACGAGACACUAUGUUCAGGAGAUGCUCUGAUUCGCUCGUGCGGCCCAAAUCCUUAUGCUGGCUCAUUAUUUCCUGCUCUGAGUACUGACUUCACUGCUUUAUCGCACCCUUGACAGCUUCCACUGAAACAGCAUAAUCAUAUUAUUGACUUCACACUUCAGUCAGUGGUUUUAAUGUUACGGCUAAUCUAUAUAAUUCAGGAUUUCUAUUUCCUUUCUUCUCUUUCUGUUGUUUUUUAAAUAGAAAGCACCUCAUGGACCUGCCUCUCAAUGACUUUUUACUAGAAUCCAGGGACUUCUUUUUCCACUUUUAUUUGAUGUAGUUAUGCAAAUGCCCUCAAUAAUUAAAGUGUAUAACCUUAGUAAUUACACGUUUGAAUGAAAUACACAGGAGGAGGGGAUAAAAACACCUAGUAUGUAAGAAGUGCCUGGAAAAAAAAAAAAGUUGCACAUAUUCUGUAUACUUAUAAAACCUAGAUAUAGCCUGUGCAUUUAUCUAGCUCGUUAAACGCCAUAGUCACUGCUUUUUAGAUGUAUUUUUUGCACAGUAUUUUGCAUUAAUCAGUAAAUAAUGAUGAGGCAUACAGUACUUUUACUGUACAGUGUUAUCAGUUCAUCAGAUAUUCUCAGUUUUUUUUUUCACCUUUACGUCAUGUUUUAUGUGCAAGUCUGAAGUGUGCAAAAUUUGAAGUAAAAACAGUGACGUAUGACUACAUGAAAGAAAUCCGAACUAAUCUGAGUUUGGGAACAUUACAAAGGUUCUGAAAAUUUAUUUUUUUUUUGUUUACUUUUGUCAAAGAUGUUAUUCAGUCAUACAUGUGUAUUUGUGUGUAUAUAGUUGAGUGCACACUAUUAGGACAAAAUAAACGGUUAAAUAAAAACAAAAAAAUGUAUCUUAAAGCAGAACGUGUUCAUUUCAAUAAUGAAGGUUUGUAGUGUGUAUAACGUGAUAUUAUUAGAGGGGAACAUUUGCAAUUCUUUCUAUAUGUGGGUUGUUGUCUGAUUGCAGGACAUGCAACUUUCUACAACUGUAUUUUGCUGUUGAAAUGUAAAAUAAAGAUACAAUUUCCAUUUUUUUUCUAAAUAUGUAAAAAAAACAAACAAACUGGGGUGUAAACCUUUGCACUUCACUGUAUGACUAUUAAAAGUUAAAAAAAAAAAAACCACAAUGAGAAUGUGAGAAUUGUGACCUAGAUUUUUUUUUGCAGUGCAGUGUGUCUCGAUACUUUUGACCUAUUUUUGGAAACGAAAAAGUACAUUGUAAAAUGAAUAAAUAUUCCCUGAUACAUUGAAAAA